AUGACCAUUAAAAACAGGGAUACGGCUAUCAACACUUCCCUAGCUAUCGUUCCUGUGUUACUUCAAGCUAACGGGGUGGAAAUAGAAACUUUUGCUUUUCUAGAUCCAGGAGCGACCGUUAACUUAAUUCGAGAGGAUGUAGCUAAACAGCUCAAAUGCAAAGGGAAUGCAAAGAAUGUAUCUUUUGGGUCGUUUCACGGCCAAGACCCACAGUUUCAAUCAUCUACGGUUAGUCUGACUGUUCAGGCUCAUGAUAGAUCUUUCGAAGCGGAUUUAAAGCAGGUCUCUACUGUGCCGACUCAUCGUUACCCUCAUCUCAAAGACGUAAAACUGGUUGAUGUUGGAGAACCAACCAUCUUUAUUGGAGCGGGAAACCAAUGGCUGCACUUACGUCUCGAUGAAAGACUACCUCCUGUUGGAACCGACGUUCCCUUUGGUUUAUUGACGCCAUUUGGUUGGACUUGCGUUGGCGAUCUAACAUUAGGGACACAGCAACAUGAUUCAACGGUUUGUCGUUCAAACAAACCCUUGCUAACGGUGCAAAAACUCUGCUACCAUGUACAAGAAUCACCGACGGAUGCAUUACUUUUGCGCCAAGUUGAGAAAUUGUGGAAAACGGAAAGCUUUCCAAUUGUAACUCCAGCUCAACCGCUAGAAUCAACCGAGGAUAAACUAGCGAGGAAGAAAUUCGAUGCAACUAUUCAAUUCGACGGAACCAGGUAUGAAGUAGGUCUACCAUGGGUUUCAGAUUAUUUUGCAUUUCCCGACAAUUACAAUAGUGCAUUGCGUCGACUUUUCUCUAUUGAAAACAAAUUCGUUCACAAUUCUAAUUUUUGUGAGAGAUACAAAGCCGUAAUCGAUGACUAUGUGGCAAAGGGAUUCGCUCGGCCUCUCAAGGAAAGUGAAUUGAAAAGCACCUUUGGGAGAAAUUGGUACCUUCCCCAUCAUGGAGUCGUAAAUCCUCGGAAACAUGAAAAGGUUAGAGUGGUCUUCGAUGCUUCGGCGAAGUAUCAAGGAGUUGCGCUCAACGAAGUGCUCUUAAAGGGCCCCAAUCUCAUCAAUGACAUAGGUGCUACUCUUUUACUGUUUAGAAAAAAGCCAUUGUCCCUAUCUGGGGAUAUUCAACAAAUGUUUCUUCAAGUUGGCGUGAAGAAUGAAGAUCGCUCUGAUCUACGAUUUCUUUUGCGUCCACCUGGCUCUCGAAAAAGACCCAUCGUAUAUGAAAUGCAGCGACAAAUCUUUGGAUCACUUUCAUCCCGUUUGAUCUGCUCCCAAAUCCUACGACAUAUCGCUGACCUACAUCGUGAAGAAUUUUCUGAAGCCGCUGAACGAGUCUACAAGAACUUCUAUGUAGAUAACCUUCUGGAUUCUAUUUACACCGAAGAGGAGGCAAGUCAAGCGAUCAAAGAUUCUACAGCAUUGCUAAAAAAAGGGAGGGUUCCAUCUGAACCAAUGGCUCUGUUCAUCUCGACGGUUCCCGAAGUAAUUCAACACCAGUGGAACAAUUGGACUACCAUUCUUAACCAUCUCGAAGCGUUCAAGAUCCCGCGAGCUUUAACUUCGUCUAGUGACAUCCAAGACAUUCAGCUGCAUACCUUUUGCGAUGCAUUCACCGUUGGGUUUGGCUCGGUGGUAUAUCUACGAGUAACCUAUCGCAAUAAUAUCGUCACCGUAAAUUUCGUUACGACAAAGUCCUGCUUUGCACCCCUUCGUCCGCUGACCGUUCUGAAAUUAGAACUCCAAGGAGCAGUUGUGGCACUACGCCUUGUGAAGUUCGUCCAAUCGACUCUUCGUAUUCCAGUCAAUCAAAUCAUCUAUUGGUCUGACUCUAAAACUGUACUUCAGUGGAUAGCCUCAAAGACAUGUCGCUUCCAGACGUUCGUCGCUAAUCGAAUAUCCGAAAUCUUAGAGCAUUCUCAACCAACUGAAUGGAGACAUGUCCCAGAUCCAGAGGUAUCAGCCAUCAACUGGAUUGGGCUCGUUUACGGCCCCGCCGAAGAAAAUAGGCUCCGCUCACUUUUGGAACGAAAUUCCAACUAUGACGUAGUGAUGCGAAUUGUUGCAUGGAUUCUUCGUUUUAUUUCCAACUCGAAAUUGAAACUGCUGGAUCGUGACAAAUUGCACAUUGGUGUCAAAUGCAUUCAGAGCGCUGCUAAUUACUGCAUCAAAUCUGUACAAUUGGAGAAAUAUCCCGAAGAAAUAGAGGCUUUAAAGGAUAAAAGGCCUUUAAAAUUGAGUUCGACGUUGAUUAUCUUAUCACCAUUCCUGAAUGAAGAAGGAAUACUGCGAGUAAUAGGUCGCUUAAAUUACGCCCUCCUUUCGUUCGACAUCAAGCAUCCCAAAAUCCUGCCUCACGAUCAUCCACUCACGCGUUUAAUCGUCAUGAGAAAGCAUGAUCUCCUGUUUCAUCCAUCUCCAAAAAGACUACUCAGCUCAAUUAGGUCACAGUAUUGGAUCAUUAAAGGACGAGUGGCUAUCAAGAAGUACCUGCACAAAUGA